UAUAAAUUGGAUUUUUGAUAUUGAAAGACCCCUGUGGGUUUGGAAUUGGGGAUUAGGGUUCAGAGCGAAGAUGAUCGAGGUUGUGUUGAACGAUCGAUUGGGGAAGAAGGUGCGCGUGAAGUGCAACGACGAUGACACCAUCGGCGACCUGAAGAAACUGGUGGCGGCUCAGACGGGCACGAGGGCCGACAAGAUCCGCAUCCAGAAGUGGUACACCAUCUACAAAGAUCACAUCACUCUCAAGGAUUACGAGAUCCACGACGGCAUGGGUCUCGAACUCUACUACAACUAAAUUCAAGGUGUGUUUUAUGCAGAAUAUACUAUGCGCUGAGAAUGGGAAAAGCGCCGAAUGUAAUUUUGACUUGCGAAAAACCCCUUGCUUUGAAUAAUGUACAUCCCCAUGACAUUGGGUUUAUAUACCGUUGACACCUUACGAUGCUUUCUUAUAACUUAUAUCUGAUGACUUGUUUCUAGCUUCAUUUGGGUGCGCUAUUUCUUCCUGUAGAGUCUAUGUCUAUCUAUUCAAUCUAUCAAGUGUUUGAUUUUACCAAUUGCUUGGUCAUCAAUCAACUACUUUGCCUACUUCAA